GGAAAGUUUCAAUUUUUAACCUAGAAAUAAUAUAACCUAUAUUUAGGUUAAAGAUUUACAUUUAUUUGAAAGUGAUAUUGUUGUAAUAUAUUAGUGUUUAAAACAAGAAAAAACAUUAUAAUGGCGUUGAAGAAAACCAAGAUUUCUAAAGUGAAACGGAGUAACCAAAAAAGAGGAAAACUGACAAAGCAGAAAGCAGCUCCUCAAAAAUUUACGAAUACAGUAGCAUCUCAAUCUCUUAAUUCUAAGAAAAAUCUCAAAUCGACCAAAAAAAAUAAACCCUCAAAAGAUGAGGUUGUUCCGCCAGAACCCAGUGUUGAGGAUGAAAGUGAUAAUGGAGAGAAUAUGCUUGAAAUGAUGGAGGAUGGAGAUGUUGAGUUUUUAAAAAAUGCAAUAACAAGUCGUUCGUAUGGUUUGCUGAAGAACAUAAAAUACACUGGGCCAUCAAAGAAAAGAAAAAAAAAUGAUGAUGAAGAUAAUGAUGAAAAUUUGGAGAAUGAUUAUGAGGAUAAACAAGAAACAGCUCCUCCUUUAAAAAUCAGAAAACUGUUACCAAUCAAAACUAAGGAGGGUUUAGUACAUCAACAAGUUGUUGUGGAACAAGCCGAAGAACAGCCUGAGGAAGAGGACAACAUAUCUGAACAUAACGAACCUGAAGUAGAUGAUGAGGAGGAAGCCUGUGAAUUUUCACUUGAAGCAUGCUUAGGAGACGAUCUUGACCUUUCUAAACCUUUAUCUGCUGCUCAACUCUUUGCACAGCGAAAUAAAGCUUUGACUCAACGAAAACUAGAAAUUGGUGUAUUGAGUUCUCAAGUUCUUGAAAAUCCUGAGGAGAAAGUAACAAACUUGAGAAUGUUACUCAAAAUUAUGGAUGAGCAAACACCUGUGGUAUACAUUACAGUCAGAAAGCUAGCAAUAAUGUCCCUCUUAGAGGUAUUUAAAGAUGUUAUUCCGUCUUACAGAAUUAGGAAUCACAAGGAUGAAGGAGUAUUAUUGAAAAAGUCAACUCUCAAACUAAGGAAAUUUGAGACAGAACUCCUACAACACUAUAAAAAGUUCCUGCAAAAAUUGGAAAAGGCUUGUAUGGCUCUCCAAAAAAAUAGAGGAAAUUCAAAAAAAUUAUCUAAGGAAGGUUAUGCAUUAGGUCAGAUUGCAGUUAACGCUAUGAGCGAAUUAUUAGUGGCUCAUCCUAAUUUUAAUUUUUCUGAAAAUAUAACUCAAGUGAUUGUUCCUUUCCUAAACCACAAGGAUGAAACCCUGAGAAAAAUAGUGAAAUCGGCAGUGGAAAAUGUGUUCAAAGAAGAUAAGAAAGAAGAGAUUACUCUCAAAAUUUUAAGAGUGCUUAAUCAUUAUCUUAAAACACAUGCACAUAACGUAAAAGUGGAAAUGUUGGAAGUUCUUCUGGUUUUAAAAUUGAAAGAUGUGAAUUUGGAAAAAGAGAAAGAGCUUGAGAUGAAGCAUAAGAAACUGAUGUCGAAAAAGCAAAAUGUUCUACAAAUUUCAAAAAAGGAGAGAAAGAGACAAAAACAAUUACAAUAUUUGGAAAAAGAACUUUUAGAAACAAAAGCGGAGGAAAACAAACAGGCAAAGCAGAAAAACAUAACUGAAAUUACAAAAAUUGUUUUUGCAGUGUAUUUUAGGAUAUUGAAAAGUUCAACGAAUAACAAAGCAAUAGGUGUGUGUUUAGAAGGAUUGGCAAAAUUUGCUCAUUGUAUCAAUUUCGAUUAUUACAUGGAUAUGGUAAAUUUAUUGGACAAAUUACUGAAAGAAGAGUGGUUGGGAUUCAGAGAACAAUUGCAUUGUAUUCAAACUGUGUUCGCGAUAUUGAGUGGACAAGGAGAGUCUCUAACUUUAGAUCCUACAAGGUUUUACAACAACAUUUAUAAAAAUUUGUUUGAAAUUACGGCUUCGUCUAAAGGACACAAUAAUCUUCUUAUUGUUUUACAAAUUUUAAAUGACUGUUUGAUCAAAAGAAGAAAGAAAAUCACCAACAAAAGAUUGAUUGGGUUCGUUAAAAGGCUAGCAAUACUUAGUCUCCAUCUUCUGCAUCAUGGUUCUUUGGGAACUUUAGGAUUGGUGAGAAAUAUCAUGCAGUUGAACAAGAAUGUGGACAUCCUUCUGGAUACAGACAAUUCAUUUGGUGAUGGUCACUACCUGCCUGAAUUAGAUGAUGCAGAAUAUACUAAUGCUGCUUCAACUUCUCUUUACGAGCUGGCUAUAUUGAAUAAGUCUUACCACCCAGUGGUGCGUAAACUUGUCAAAAACAUAUCUCAUGGAGUACCAUCUUCAGGUGAAGGAGCUUUAGUGCCAGAAAUAGGAAAAUUGCGACCAGAUGAACUAUUUCAAACUUAUGACAUGUCAGAAAUGGCCUUCAACCCCUCUGUUCCAAUCCCCAAGAAGGAAAAGACGGAAAAGAAAAAGGGUGGUUCACACAUAUUUUUCGCAGAUCAAAACUUUGAAGAUGAGUGUAAUAUGAAAAUGAAAGAACAGCUUUUGAGGGGUGUGUUUUGUACAGAAUAAAAUAUAUUAUUAAAAUUAA